GUGCACAUGUUGUAACUUUUCAUGACGAGCAUGGUCCGUAAAUAUAAACGAAAGAGUACUCAACACUCGUGGAGCGAGGAAGGUAUGAAGAAUGCAAUCAGCGAUUGUAAAGCAGGAAACUUAAGUGUUGCAAUGGCAGCCAAAACAUAUGAUGUUCCCCUCACUACACUAUAUAGGAAAAUGAAAUUAAAUAGUUCAGCUGAGGAAGCUUCGCAGAAAAAACUAGGGAGGUAUCGACCUACGUUUACCAAGGAGCAAGAACAGCAGCUACGGGACUACAUUUUACUUAUGGAAAAACGGCUUUUUGGUUUAAGUAUGCGAGACUUCAGGUCUCUAGCCUACCAAUACGCAGAAUUAAAUAGGAUACCGCAUUCAUUUUGUAAGAAAACUGCUUUAGCUGGCGAGGACUGGGUGUCAAAUUUUCUCAAACGGAAUCCGGAAAUAUCCUUACGUUUGCCGGAAAAGACUUCUGCAGCUAGGGCAGCAGCAUUUAACCGACCAAAUGUGGCAAACUUCUUUGCAUUGUUAGGCGAGUUAAUGGACAAAUACCACUUCACUGCCAGUCAGAUUUACAAUUGCGACGAAACUGGUCUUUCAACAGUCCCCAACAAACCAAGUAAAAUUUUGUCUUUGAAGGGAAAAAAACAGAUAGGAUCCCUCUCGUCUGCUGAACGAGGAACGUUAGUUACUGCAGAGAUCUGCGUUAGUGCCAGUGGACAUUAUAUUCCACCUUUAUUAAUAUUCCCAAGAGUACGCCUGAAUCCACUAUUUGAUGUUGGUUUACCACCUGACAGUGUAGUCGUUUGUCAUCCCUCCGGAUGGAUGCAAACUGACAUAUUUGUAGUGUGGUUUAAACAUUUUGUAAGGUAUGCAAAACCCACCAACACGGAUCCCGUUUUGUUAAUAAUGGACGGCCAUGCAACGCACACAAAAAAUAUAGAGAUGAUGGAAUUAGCUAAAUCUACCAAUGUGCAUAUCCUGAUUUUACCGCCACAUACCUCUCAUAGGUUACAGCCCUUGGAUGUAUCGUAUAUGUUCCCAUUGAGUGCUUUUUACGAGCAAGAGGUGAGGGCGUGGCAAAGAAACCAUCCCGGAAAGGUUGUAACUAUCCAUAAUGUUGGAGCUCUAUUUGGUAAAGCAUAUCAACGUGCAUCGACUCAACAGAAUGCAACAAGCGGGUUUCAAAAUACAGGAAUAUUCCCAUACAAUCCUCACAUCUUCCCAGAUGACUUAUUCGAACCAUCUGAGACAACAAAUAGAGAACUUCCUCCAACACCGCCAGCUGCGUUAGAAAACUUGAUUCAAGAAGUAAAUAAUACAACCCCACCACCAGCAGCUACAACCUCAAGCAUUCCAGAUAAGCCACAAUCAAAGUCACAAAAGCUAUUGGCACCAGAAGAAAUUUUACCUAUUCCAAAGGCCGAUGUUCAACUUAAACAAAGAACAAACCGGAAUCGAGGGAAGACUAUGAUCUUGACGUCCACUCCAAACAUGGAGGAAAUCAAAGAAAAACAUUCAACUCCGAAAAUUCCUACAAAGGCGGUUAAGCGCAAAAUAUCCAGUAGCCCAAAAAUAAAUAAUUGUCCUGUGAAGAGAAAACAAGAGAAUAAGAACACUGAGAAGAAAGUAUUUGUAGAAUCAGACCUUUCAGGUUCUAAUGAAACUAUUAGUUACGCGGAUUCUUCAGAAUCUCCAGAUGCUGAAAAUGAAAGUGAGUUGAGCUUCGAAGAAGACAGACCACUGCAUUAUUCCACAGUCAGUGUUGCUGAUAUUCAUCCUAACGAUUAUGUGUUAAUAGACUUACAAGAUGAGGCCAAGAAAACUAAAAAACGAUUUGUUGCACAAGUGAUGUGUGCAAAGAAAAACCGAAUAAAUGUAAAAUUUAUGCGAGAAUACAGACAAAGCAAAAAUAUUUACGUUUUUCCUGCGAUUCCCGACGAAAGUGAGGUGUUUUUGAAUGAGAUAAUUGGUCGUCUUCACUCUUAUGAACUGCUCCGUUAUGGUAAAAUUAAAUUUUUGUAAAACUGUAUCAACAAGACUGAGAUUUUUCUGUAAAUAAAGUAUUUUCAUGUUGCCCCAUUUUAAAUUUCACUUUGCCCCGUAUAUGGGGCAAAGUGGAAGAAAAUGUUAUCAUCACAAAAAAAAUCGCAGUAAAAUAUAUGCUCUCAUUAUGAUCCUUAUGUUACACCAGUUUGUAAAGGAAUCCUAUAUUUAUCAUAUAAACACAGUACCGUUAUUUAAAAUGUUGUUUUCAUCAAUUUAUGGAUUUUUUGGCCUUAACCUAUCCACUUUGCCCCGGGUUCCCCUACUUCAUUUUGAAAACAUUGUAAGAGUCGGUGUUUCUCUGGUUCUGUACAAAAUGGCGGACAGCCGAUAUUGGUCAAAAGAAAUUGUUGCAAACUUUAUAGAAAUUUACAAAGGCCAUCCAUGUCUUUGGAAAGUGAAAUCCAAAGAUUACACUAACAAAAAUUUAAAAAAUCUUGCAUAUGAUAAGCUAGUUGACUUUUGCAAAACGUUUAAUACAGAAGCAAAUAGAGAUUAUGUGAUAAAAAAAAUUCAGAGCUUCCGGGGCUCUUUCCGUAAAGAACUGAAAAAGCUUUUGCAAUCGAAAAGGAGCGGAGCA